GCUCACCCUUUUGCGUCUUAAAACAUAAAAAUUAAACCUUCAUAAUGAAGAUUCCGAUAGACUGUUGAUAAUAAAGGCUCAAAGUCAAUUUAUGUUUCGUAGUCUUUAUUGUCGACAGCUAUCAGUGACUACGACUAUUUGCCGGUCUGAAAGUUUUUGUUGAUUAUUUGCUUAAUAUUGUCAAAAUAUAACCAUUGCAAGUAUUUUUAAAGCAUAUUAAAUAAACAAUUAUUAUCUUGGCAUCUUCCAGCAAAAAUGAAAAAAUUAAAAAAUAGAUACUUGAACAAAAUGGAAUAUCCGAUCAUCUGUCUCCAAUAGAAAGUAUAUACAGUGUUAUCUUUUUAUAGUGUACCGACCUUGAAUAAAUAUUAUGAAAAACAAUUGAAAGAAGAAAUAAGUCUCUUAUGUUUUCAAUUUGCAGAAACAGAUUUAUUUGAACAAAUAAGAGAAAGAGGAUUUAAAGUUCAUAGUCAUAAGUUUAAACCACAAUCAGUUGAAAAUGAAUUUUAUGACAGAGGGUUUCUUUCAAUUUUGAAUAAGAUGCAAGUAACGAUUACUCCUAAGAUUACAUUCAGUGAUGAAGAUAUCAACUUUUUAACUGAAUCUCAAAAUAAUGUUUGUAUAUUAAAAAAAUGUAUAGAGAAUCUGAUAAAUAAAUAUAAAAACAGAAUAUCGAUAUUAAAGUGUGUUAAUACUUUAAUUAUGAUUUAUAUAGAAAGAGAUAUUAAAAGUGUGCUUAUAAAUAACGAACUAACUGACUUCAAAAAAUGGGAAGCUCUAAGAAAAUGGAAUAAAUAUCUGGCACGAAUGCUAUCUGUAUUGUACUAUGGUCAUAUUAUCAUAGAUAAAUGGACUUUAAUAUUAUGUACAAAAUUAUUAGCCUUAGACUUACCAGAUACUCAAAAAAUGCCUUUGAAUAUUGAUUAUUUUAAAUUCGUUGACUCAGAUUUUGAUGUCCAAUAUGAGGUUUGUCAAAAGAAUCAUUUUCUUGAGAGAAGACUACUGAGUAUAAAUAUCGAUGAUUAUUUUAAAAAAAUUAAUUUCGAACAAAUCAUUAAAGAUCUAUAUAAUAAUACAACAAAUUUAGAAGUUGCCUACAUUUACGAAGAACUGUUCACUGAAGAAUACUUAACACUAAGUUUUUUACAAAACAAUGUGAUUAUUUUAGAUAAAGUUAUUAAAGAAUUUAAUUGGGAUAAUACCAAAGAGGUUUUACAGAAAUACAAAGACAAAUUAGAAACUUUGUUUAAUAAACAUAUGAGUCUUACUAAACUAAAUACAAUCUCAAAAUAUCACUCGCUUAUCCAACAAAUCGUUUACGUAAAUGUUUUAUACUUUGCUUUAUAUCACUUACAAUUAUUCAAAGUUUCUUUGACACGUAGAUUGAGUCAAAAAAUAAAAAAUAUAAAACCACUUACUUCUUCAUCGUGUACAAAAACUGAAGACGAUCAAAAGAUAUUCAGAUCUGUUGUUGAUACAUUAAGAAAUGCUAUUAUUUUGCUAGAUGCUAAUGAUAAUUUAUUACUUUCAAUACUGCAGUUAUGCAAGAAUGGAUCGCCUGGUACUCCUGAGUUUAAUAAAAUAGAAUUAGAUGCUACAGUAUUAUUAUUGAAACUUUUUGAUGAGUUAAAUGUAUGUACUACUAAGAAACAAGUAAAUAUUGUUAAAGAUCAUUCCGCAGAAAAUCUAAAUCUGGAAGAAGUCGAACAUAAUGUGAAAGAAUUUUCAGAAUAUGUUUCAAAAAUUGCAGAAGCAUUAAAACCUAUACAAGGCAAUUUAUUUUACAGUAAAUUUUUGUUUCAAGAUCAUUUAAAAUAUUUUGGUAUCAACAUUUUUCCUUAUGUUACUGUUAAGUAAAAAAGGAAGCGCAACACCUCAUGAAGUAUUUCCAUUAGGGAAAUAAUUUAUAUAAAAAUAUUCAUGAAUUACAUUUCUAUAUACAUAUAACAGAUGCAUAGUAAAUUAAUUGCUUGUAUUGAAGUAGAAUUGAAUUAAAUACUAUUUAUAAUAAAUGAUAA